UCUAUGUUUUAGCGUAUUGGUUGGAGUUUUCAGAUGGUCCCUUACAUCCGCUAGGCAGUCAAAGAGCUUCGGAGCAUUUUCAGGCAUAAUUUUACAGCCACACCAACAUAGUAUAGUUAUACACCCUUUAAACCAAGUGUGCUAAUGAUAUCUCUGUAAUAUUGUCGACUGAAGAGAGCGCGGGAAAAAGAAACCGACUAUCCAACGAAUGUCGAACUUAAAACUAAUGUUACCUUGCUGAAUUAGCAACUCAGUCACACUAUUGAAACGCCCGCUAUAAAAUUACUGUUUUUAUUGCGUUUAAGUACAUGGCGGGCAAACGUUUUAACAAACGAAACAAAAAAUGCGUUCUUGUAGAUAAGGAGAGAGCGGCCUACAAAUCUUUUUCUUUUAUUUGGACUCUUCGUCACACGCAUCGCCUCAUCCUAUUGGCUAGUUUUGCUCAAAAGGGGCGGGACAAAGGCGAGAGCGUAGGGAAGCGAAAGUGUCAGUCAAAUAAACCUGGAGAGUUUUUAUCAGACCAUUGCAACAUCAUCAUCCGCAGAUAACGCCGGUGUUAAGGAGGGGAGACAGGCAGCAGCAGUUCAGCGUUUGAAUUAAACUUAGUGAAACAGAGCCCGCCGCUGGAUUGAUUCAAGCUGUUCUCAGGAAUCAUGAACUCUCUCUCGAGUAAGAGUGUGCUGUCACUGUGCAGGGUUUUCUCCUGUGCCCAGUCUGCUGAUCUCAUAGGGGCUGUGAGGGGCUGUCACUCAGGUGUGAGCUCCAAGGGCUCUGUCAUCACCAAAAAGCGUGGCUAUGACAUCACCAGGAACCCUCACUUAAACAAGGGCAUGGCGUUCACCCUGGAGGAGAGGUUACAGCUGGGUAUCCACGGCCUGCUGCCUCCAUGUUUCCUCUCUCAGGAUGUCCAAGUACUUCGUGUCAUGAAGAGUUACGAGACACGCAGUAACCCUCUUGACAAAUACAUAUUGCUGAUGACCCUGCAGGACAGGAAUGAAAAACUUUUCUAUCGUGUGUUGACCUCUGACAUUGAGGAAUUCAUGCCUAUUGUUUACACUCCUACUGUGGGCCUGGCCUGCCAACAGUAUGGCCUUGCAUUCAGAAGACCAAGAGGACUGUUUAUCACUAUCCAUGACAAGGGCCAUAUCGCCACCAUGCUAAACUCCUGGUCGGAGAAAAACAUUAAGGCCAUUGUGGUGACGGAUGGAGAGAGAAUUCUGGGAUUAGGAGACCUGGGGAGUUAUGGCAUGGGCAUCCCAGUAGGCAAGCUGGCUCUGUAUACAGCAUGUGGAGGAGUGCCACCCCAGCAGUGCCUGCCUGUGCUGCUAGAUGUGGGCACUGAUAAUCAGACCCUCUUGGAUGACCCCUUGUACAUCGGCUUAAAGCACAAAAGAGUCAGGGGCAAAGAAUAUGAUGACCUCAUAGAUGAGUUCAUGCAAGCUGUCACAGACAAGUACGGGAUGAAUUGUCUCAUCCAGUUUGAAGAUUUUGCCAACAGCAAUGCCUUUCGUAUUCUCAAUAAAUACCGCAACCGUUAUUGCACUUUUAAUGAUGAUAUCCAAGGCACAGCUUCAGUUGCCGUUGCUGGGGUCCUUGCUGCUCUGAAGAUCACAAAGAAUAAACUCUCUGACCACAAGUUUGUAUUUCAGGGAGCAGGAGAGGUAAUGCAGAGUGUUUUACUGUGUAUUAGCAAAUAUAAACAACCAUUAAACAACAUUGUAAAGCUACUUGUGCUAUCCUCCUUCAGCUAUUCCAUGAUAAAUAGAUGUGGUCUUGGUUUGUCAUGUGACCAGGCUGCCUUGGGAAUUGCACACUUACUGAUCAUGGCAAUGGCCAAGGAGGGUGUAUCUCAUGCUGAGGCUGUUAAGAGGAUUUGGAUGGUGGAUUCCAAAGGCCUAAUUGUGAAGGGCAGAAGCCAUCUGAACCAUGAGAAGGAGGAAUUUGCCCAUGAGCAUCCACACAUAAAGACUCUGGAGGAAGUAGUGGAAACUGUUAAGCCCACAGCUAUCAUUGGUGUGGCUGCAAUUGGAGGUGCCUUCACUGAAAAGAUCAUCAAGAACAUGGCCACUUUCAAUGAACAACCUAUCAUUUUUGCCCUCAGCAACCCCACAAGCAAAGCUGAAUGCACAGCAGAGCAAUGCUACCAGCUCACUGAGGGAAGGGGCAUAUUUGCCAGCGGAAGUCCCUUUAAAAAGGUGACUUUGGCAGAUGGACGCACCUUCUACCCCGGCCAGGGAAACAAUGCCUAUGUGUUUCCUGGAGUGGCGUUGGGAGUCAUCGCCUGUGGUGUGCGCCACAUCUCUGAUGAUAUUUUUCUUACCACAGCAGAGGCAAUAGCCAACAUGGUUACAGAGGAGAAUCUGGCUGAGGGUAGACUGUACCCCCCUCUGAACACCAUCAGAGAAGUGUCCUUCAAAAUUGCUGUUAAGAUUGUGGACCAUGCAUACAAACAGGGCAUUGCCUCCUGGUACCCUGAACCCAAAGAUAAAGAGGCCUUUGUUUUGUCCCAUGUCUACAACUCUGACUAUGACUCUUUUACCCUGGAUUCGUACAGCUGGCCAAAAGAAUCCAUGAAGCUUCAGAAUGUGUAGAAUAUAAUGGCACUUUUCCACUGCACGUUACGGUUCGACUCGACUCUACCGACCGAGGUGGUACUAAAAAAAGUACCAGGUACUAUCCACAGUGGAAUACCCCCAAAAAGCGAGUCGAGCCGUACCGUGCAGUGGAAAAGCCCCAUAAGACUACAACCCUCUCCACCCUUUAUAAAGUGAUUCACUCAUUCACUCACAAGCCUUAAAUCUCAGUUCAUAAUCAUCUUUUGUAAUACACCUCACUCCAAGCCACCCAGUCCUAAAACUGUAGCUGCGCUGACUGGUUUUGACAGGAUUUUGACACGAGAUGCUCUAUAUCCACUGAGGGCUAAAAGUGAUAAAAGAAUGCAAUGUUUUUUAAAACUCAUUAUGUCUUUGCCUCCAGUGACCACCAGAUCAGUGGCUCCGAUCAAACGGAAAAAAAAAUCAGCUCUGUGUUCAUUUUUUUUCCUACUCGCUAAUCCACUCCAAAAUUUUGCUAUUUCUUAGGACAAUUAUAAUUCCAGAAAAUGCAAAUAUCAUUGUAGGGAGAUAUUAUUUUUGUACAGCAACUCCCACUAGGAAAAUUAAAUGCUUUUGCGAGUUUUUUUUUGUUUGAAAGUUUCUCCUGUUGUGACAGGUUAUGCCAAAGUUUGUCUAAUUUUAAAUGUAUUGUCGUCAAGUAGCAAUGAAUACUGAACUUUGUUAGCUUGAAGAUUUAUUUACGUGACCACCUGAGAAGCAAGCUACUUAUCUGUUUAUUGCGGUGUGUGGAAUUGUUUUUAGCGUUUCUCCUCAUUUAGGAAUAUGCUUUGCUUAUGUGUAACGCAGAACUGUGGAAUUCUAUUUUCAGAUUUUCAGAGAUUUUGAAGGGACAGUGACUUAAAUAAACAGGAAAUUUUAUUCU